UUCCUAAUUCUCAUGAUGAAAAUGACGAUAAAACAUUGAAUAAUAUAACUUCCAAAUCAAAUAUAACGGAUAGCUGUCAUGAGGAUGAGAAGUCCACGUUAUUACCAAUCAAAGAAUUAGUGCUUGUGUUCUUAGCAUUGCUUCUUGCCGUAUUUUUAGCAGGACUGGAUCAAAUGAUAAUAGCAACAUGUUUACCAAAUAUUGUAUCAGAAUUUAAUUCAUUAGAUCAAAUAACGUGGAUUGGAACUGCUUAUUUGUUAACUUCAACAACUUCACAACCAAUUUCGGGAAAAGUUUCUGACAUAUUUGGAAG